GGCAGCUCUUUGAGAUUUUCGAUAAGGGCGUUGAGAGGAGUAGAAUACAAAAGAACGUCUUUCUAUUUAAUACCACUUUAGAUAUUUGGCAAUUUUCUCUUACACAAGUCUGCGGGACAAUGUCAACAGCCACAAACCACCAUAUAGUCGUCGCUCAGGCGGAAGUCUUCACUUCCCCCCUUCAAUUUUCUGCACCGCCUGGAAUAAAUAUCACCCAAGAGCUCUAUCCCAACACAACCCCCGAUCAAGUCCACGAGAGGUGCCGCAAUGCCACUAUCAUUGUACUCAGCUACCUGCGUCUCGAUGCAAUAGCCUUGUCCGAAGCCAUAACGCCAAACCUCAAAUUCAUUGCAAUCGCCGCCGUCGGCACAGACAGUGUGGAUUUAGAGGCAUGCCGUAAGCGUGGAAUCAUAGUUAGUAACUGCCCCGCGGCGAACGUCGAGUCAGUAUCGAAUCAUGUUAUGGGCAUGUAUUUUGCGGCGAGAAGAAACGUGAUUCGUAUGGAUCGUGUCGUCAAAGACGGCAAUUGGUUUAAGAAUGGACAUGGACCUCUAGUAUCGGGCAAAAUGAAGGACAAGAAUCAAGAAUUGUGCUUGACUUGCGACGAAGAAACCGUAGGAAUCUUAGGGUACGGAUCUGUAGGGAAGAAAGUAGCACAGCUCUCAAAGGCUCUGGGAAUGAAAGUAUUAAUAGCCGGUCGAAAGGGGGCGAAUGGAGAAAGAACCGGCACCAAUAUAGAACGAACUCCAUUUGAAGAAGUCCUCAAACAGAGUACAGUCUUGGUGGUUGCUGUGCCCCGGUGUCCGGAGACCAUGAAUCUGAUAUCGACUACCGAAUUCCAAAAAAUGUCGUGCAAAGCAGUCCUUAUCAACAUUUCCCGUGGAGGCAUAGUCGACGAAAACGCACUUGUGCAAGCGCUUAAAGACAGGAGCAUAUUUGGUGCGGCGACAGAUGUUUUCGGUACUGAACCGGCUUCAGCCGAGAAUUCACCAUUACUUGCGGAUGGCACGACAGACUUGAAUCUGACUACAAGUCCUCAUUUGGCUUGGUAUGCAGAUAAGACCAUGGAGAAUUAUCUAACCACCACACCCACAAAUAUCCGAAAUUUCUUUUUAGGCAGCCCGACGAACUUGGUUGUUUAG